GUACAAAGCGCGCGCGCCACCCGUUCAACUUCUGUCUCUCUUACCACCACCACCCCUCGUGUGCCCUUUGCUCCUCCAUCCCCUGAGACCUACCCGGUCUCCACCCCCUACAGACAAGACGUCCGCGCGCUCAAGCGCGCCGACAUCCAAAAGCUGGCAAAGCGCGAAGGCAUUCGCGCUAACGGAAAGACCGACGCCAUGGUCGUGGCGCUGUUGGCAAUGCACCCCGGCGGCAUCGUUCCGCUGGAGAAGGAGAAGGCCCCUGUUCGUCGGUCGAGGCGUCGCGGCACGCCGGAGCCGAAGGUCGAGGAGGUCGAGGAGGAGGUCGAAGGCAAGCCUCCUGUAUACGGGGAGAGUAUCUCCCAGUAUAUCCCUCCAAGACGCAGGGCAGCGGUCACGCCCGCCGUCGACGCCGCUGACGAGGAAGGGGCCCAGCAGCAGCGGCGUGCACCGUCGCCACUGCCGACGCCACCGCCACCGCCGUCGCCACCACAGCGCGAGGAGGAGGAACUCCUUCCUACCCUCCCCAACACGCCGGUCCCGUCCCCGGUGAUGGCUACUUCGAGAGGUAUGUUCACUCACCUAUGUUCAUGGUAUGUCACUCACUAUCAACGCCACAGGCGCGCGCGUCCAGCGCAGCCCUCCGGCAGCCCUCCCCCUGCCAGCGCCUGUGUUCGUUCAAGGGUCCUCCAGACCCGUGAACAACCGGCCGCACGCACUGCAGCGCGAGCAGGAGCGCCUGACGACAGGUGCUCCCAUUAGCGCGGCUGCACGUGCAACGAAUUAUUCAAGGGCACAAGAGGGCGCCUCGUUGUCGACCCAGGAGUUCCUGGAGUUCCUCGACGAGGGCCACAUCCGGCUCUCGCCACAGAGGCCAGCGGCACCAGCACCAGGCGCCGGUGCUGUUCCCCUCAUCGCGCCCCGUCCCCGCCGCUCCGCCGUCCCCUCCUUCCUCCCCGGGUCCGUAUUCCACCUGCAGCCCGCCCCCGCCGAACCGCCAGCCCGGACUGUCGACCCGCGCCGGCGCCCUCCCCGAGCCUUCGCUCACCUCCC